CAGUAGCUGCUGCCGCCUGCCCCAGAGGCGGGCUACGCGGUGGCGACCGAGGCUCACCCGAGCGGACGGCGGGGCCGGGCGGCGCCUGCUUUGCUCAGCUGUGACUUCUUUUGGACAACUCAUGAUAUUUAUUAUUGUACCAAGAUUCUACAAAUAAAAGAUGGGUGGAUUAUUUUCUCGAUGGAGGGCAAAACCUUCAACAGUAGAAGUUCUAGAAAAUAUAGAUAAGGAAAUUCAAGCAUUGGAAGAGUUUAGAGAAAAAAAUCAGAGAUUGCAAAAAUUAUGGGUUGGAAGAUUAAUUAUCUAUUCUUCAGUUCUUUAUCUGUUUACAUGCUUAAUUGUGUACUUGUGGUAUCUUCCGGAUGAAUUUACAGCGAGACUUGCCAUGACACUCCCAUUUUUUGCUUUUCCUUUGAUCAUCUGGACCAUAAGAACUGUGCUUAUUUUCUUCUUUUCCAAGAGAACAGAGAGAAAUAAUGAAGCAUUGGAUGAUUUAAAGUCCCAGAAGAAAAAGAUACUUGAAGAAGUCAUGGAAAAAGAAACUUAUAAGACAGCUAAGUUAAUUCUUGAAAGGUUUGAUCCAGACUCAAAGAAAGCAAAGGAGUUUGAGCCGCCAUCUGCUGGAGCAGCUGUAACUGCAAAGCCAGGACAAGAGAUUCGUCAGCGAACUGUAGCUCAAAGAAACCUUUCCCCAGCACCAGCAAGCUCUAAUCAGGGCCCUCCGCCACAAGUUCCAGUAUCUCCUGGGCCAUCAAAGGACGCAUCAGCUCCCGGGGGACCGCCUGAAAGGACCGUUGCUCAAGCCUUACCCAGGCGCCUUGGAUCUCCUGCUACUUCAGUUCCUGGAAUGGGCCUUCAUCCUCCAGGUCCACCCUUAGCAAGACCCAUUCUCCCCCGAGAACGAGGUGCUCUGGAUAGAAUUGUUGAAUAUUUAGUUGGUGAUGGUCCACAGAACAGGUAUGCCCUCAUAUGUCAGCAGUGUUUUUCUCACAAUGGCAUGGCUUUGAAGGAAGAAUUUGAAUAUAUUGCUUUUCGAUGUGCCUACUGUUUUUUCUUGAAUCCUGCAAGAAAAACCAGACCUCAAGCUCCACGACUUCCAGAGUUUAGUUUUGAGAAGAGGCAGGCAGUGGAAGGCUCAAGUUCAGCUGGUCCCGUGUUAUCAGAAGGUGUGCCCUCCCUGGAGAGCCAGCUCAGUGAAGAAUCUUUAGAAGAACAAGAUGUUCUUGAUUGUAGUACAGAGCAGAGAGAUGACAAAAUACCAGUUACAGAGCAGACAAGCCAAAUGGUUGAAAAAACAUCUGGUUCAGAGGAGUCAGAGGAGAAACAAGAAGAGACUGAGAAUGAGGAAACAUCAGCAAAUGAAGCCAAGUCAGCUGUUCUCAGAGCUGAUUCUGCUUCUAAGCUUGAACCAAGUGAAGAAUCUUUGGUGACAAAGUAGUAAAUACUUCUAUGUGCCUUCAACUGGAUAUUUGUAGUCUUGUUGAUGUCAGUUAUUGCUUUUUUUGUGGUACUCAAGAAAAAAAUUGCCUUUUAGAUACAUGCUUAAUAUUAUUCAAAUUCAGAUUGCCCAGCAAGUUCAGUGUGUCCAAGUCCUAUCACUGGGCAUUGAAAGUAAAAGCAUGUGGUAUCAGUUAAUAUGCAGAGACAUAGCUGUUAAAUACUUUGUGCAUUCUAAAUUUUUUUAAAGCAUUUUGUUUUCUAUAUGUAUAACUUGUAAAUAAUACCCAUUUUGACAUAGGAACAAUUUUGGCUAGGAAUAAUUUCUUGAAUAGUGUUUAAGGAUUGAAACAUAAUUAAGAUUUUGAAUACUUCAUCGUUAAAUUUUAACUCUUGAGAUAUUUGCUCGUGGGAAGGAAAUAUCUAUUUAGGUGUUUACAUGAAGUGAUACUGAAAGCUGUUACCUUCAUUACAUAGACAUUGGUACGGAUUCUCAUUAAGAAUGCAACUGAACAGUCAAGUGCAGGGUUUCUUUUGAUGUCUUUUAUUUUGCAGCUGGGCCAAAGGCACGUGAUGUAUAUAGUUAGUUUAUGUUUACAUAUUAACAAAUAGGAAAUACGUCUGCACUUGACUGUACUUGAAUUCUUGGUAUUAUUUAUAUUUGUAAAAUAAUGAUAAUAUAAAUGCAUUUUUAUGUGUGUGUGUCUUGUUAAGGAAAAUAAAGAUAACCUGGAAGCGUU